GAGAUAAUGCCUUCCUUGUUUGUUAUUAAAGAGUUUGCGUUGGGUUUGAAGCCUCCGGCUCCAACAUACCUUCCUAAGGACUACCCUGAUUUGAAGGGCAAAUAUGUCCUGAUUACUGGUACAAGUGCCGGUGUCGGUUGUGAAGCUGCAAAGCUCUUGCUGUUGAAGAAUGCGCAUGUCGUUAUGGUCAAUCGUAACCUGGAGAAGACAGCCAAGGUCAUUGAUGAAAUCAAGAAGGACUUGUUGAAAGAAGAGGUGACCGGUGAGGAUAUUGACUCCAGAAUCACCGUUGUUCAGGCUGACUUGGCGGACUUGACCACUAUCAAGCCGGCUGCUACGAAAGUGUUGGACUCUGUUCCACAGUUGGACAUCGUCAUCUUGAAUGCCGGUGUCAUGCAACCACCUAAUGACUCUGUGACGAAGCAAGGGUAUGAGUUACAGUUCGGUAGUAACGUAAUUGGUCACCAACUGCUUAUUGAGCUCAUCACACCAGCGAUCUUAAAGAGUGCUGACUCGAACGGCAAGCCUCGUGUUGUGUUCUUGUCUUCCAUGGCCCACCUGCUCUCUCCAGCAAAUGGUGGAUUGAGUUGGGACUUCAAAGAUGCCUCCCAAUCAAGUUCGGGUCUUAUCUAUGGUCAAUCGAAAGCUGGUAACAUUUACCAGGCAUCCUCUUAUGGUAAGAAGUAUGCAGAUAAAGGUAUUGCUACAAUCGCUGUUCAUCCAGGAAUCUUGAACUCGGAAUUGCAGAGAAAUUACCCUGGCUGGUUAGUAGCUGCUAUAAAGCCUAUAGCAUAUCCAGCAGUUUACGGUGCUUAUACCGAGCUGUUUGCAGCCCUGAGUCCAUUGGUUGGUGAAAAGGGACCUGGAUUCGUUGGUUAUGUCGCUGCAUUUGGCCAGUUCAGAGAUUUGAGAGAAGAUAUAGCUAAAGGUUGCACUGAUGGUACUGAUGACAAGUUGAUUGAUUGGAUUGAUAAAGAGAUCAUUCAGUAUAAAUGA